AUGGCAAGCAUCCUGUGCAUCAUACUGAAAGAACGAAUGCAAUGGAAACGACUCCCAAACUUCCAGUUGUCUGGGGGGCUCGGAACCACCCGGGCCCGUGCACCCGGCCCUCCGCACCACCUGCCUGGCUCCCUGCCCCGGACAGAUCAGCGCCGCCAAGUUGGCGAAGACGGACGGACAGAGGACACGGACACACAGACACACACGCACGCGCGCGCUCCAGAUGAGCACUUACUCGCCCGCGGCCCGGACAGCUGCUGCAGGAGCGUGCGGGGGGCUCGGGCCGGGCCCGGGAAGCCCCGUCUGCGGCGGGCUGUGUUCAUAGCUCUGGGUCGGGUCGGGCCGGGCCCCCGGGCCGAGCUCCCGAUGCCAGCCGGGGCCAAGGGUCUGUCGGCGUCACGGGCGGAGAGGAGGGAGGGGGCGCCCAGCGGGGCAGGUGGGCAGGGAGCGAGCGAGCGCAGCAGCAGCUGCAGCUGCGGCCGAUGGAGCCGCCGCUGCCUUCGCUGCCCCGGGCUCGGAGGGGCGGCUGCGGCUGGAGGACGGGGCGUCCUUCUGGCCGCACGGGCGCCGCCUCCAGCCCGGCCCGCUGUCCUCCCCGGCUCUCGCCUGGCGCAGGCGGCAGCGGCGCCGCAGCACAGGUGGCUCCUGCUCCGUGCGCUCCCGGAGCGCCCCAGCCAGCCGAGGCUCUGCAGCGCCCCCUGCUGGGCCGCGGCGGGGGCGGGCGGCCAGGGUCCUAGCCUGCGGAGCCCACAGCGAGCGCUGCUGCCGCCGCUGCCCCCGCUCGCUGCCCCCGCCGCUGGCCCGGCCUGGGCCACGUCAGCCUGGCUGCAGAGGCAGCUGACCGCAGAAUUCGAGAACGCUUCCCGUCCCAUCCACCUGGCAUCCCACACCCUCGGUCCACCCACACCCACUGCAACAGAGACCUCGCGGAAGAAAUUUAAACCACAUGGGAAGAGGAUGAGAUGAAGACCAUUCCUCUUGCCCUAUAUGCCACUGGAGUUGUCCUACAGGUGCUUUCAGUAAGUCUACAGAAGAUGAAUUACAUCCCAAUGCUUUUCUUCAAUUAUUGUACGCAAGCUUUUUAUCCUAUAUGUGCUGAUCCACAGAACUAAAUAUACAACAUAAUAGCAGCAUAAUGACUGGCCCUCAAAAUGUUUGAUGGGGAUUUUGAAACUCAUCAAAAAUAGGAAAAGAACAAGAUGCAGAAAAUUGUGGAAAGAUGACUUUGCAUUAGGACCUAAAGGAGCCCAGAUCCCUACCCACUCCACUCCCCAAGCAUCCCAGUGGUAGGUUCAAUGAUAAAGAAAACCAAAGAGAAACAGCUAUAAACUCCUUCAUCCAGUCCAGGGCUACACAUUGUCAGAUUCCUGUGGAGGCCUGAAUGGAGACAGGUCACAGUGGAUGGAAAGAAGGCUUGCAAACAGUGGGCACUGAAAGCAUAAGACAGCAACAGAGCAAUGCCUCACUCAGGGUUAGACUCAUGCCCAGGGGGCUUGGCACCAGAUAGCCCUACCUGAGGCAAAGCAAGGGACAGGGACAGGCCCGACUCCAGCAGCUUGCACUUGAGCCACAGCAGGAUGCAGAUUCAGCAUCCAGGCAGGCCAGCACCCAGGCAGGCCAGCACCCAUGAAGCCCAUGGUCUGAGCCAUAGAAGAACCACACUGGGACAAAGAGCCAGGGCAGCACCGAGGAAGCAAAGCACUUGCGGUCUUGCAGGAGGCACAGACUACAGUAUGGGUCCUGUCAGAUUCACAACAAGGGGGAUGAGAGCAACUCUAGGUUUGAUACUAUCCAAGAAGGAGGCAGAGAGGGGCCAAGCCCAACCCCCAGGUCAUCCAUCAGUAGAAAGCCAGAACUCUCAGUAACCACAUCCAUGACCAAGGAGAGUCUACUCAUUCCAUGCAAGAGCAGAAUCUGACACAGGAACAAAGCCUCAGUCCAGAAAGAGAGGCCGGAGACAUAAGCAAAUAGAAGAAAAUGCCAAACAGAAUGAAGAAAUACUACAGACUGAUGCAAGCCUGAGAAGCAGACCCAGAAGAGAGGGCACCUCCAUAUAAAUCCAAGUAGAGCCUCUGAGAAAAUAAUGGAUUGGCCACAAGGACAAAAGUACGUGGCAGGAAUGAGUGAAAAGAUAGAAAAUAUGGUAUUAGGUGAAAUGAGGAGAAAAGAAGGGCAAGGAGAAUUAAAAUAUUAGGACAGUGGUAAACCUUACCCAAGCACUGAAUUCCCUGAAAACUUGAAGGGGCCAAACAGAAAGCAACAACCCUAUGAGACAACAAGAAGUUUGUGAUAAUCAAUAUCUGAUUUAGUGAGAAAGUUACAAAAUGAUCCUGUUUUAUAAUUGAUUCUAUUUGAUGUCAUUGCUGACAUUUUAUUUAACUGGCUAAAUCAUGUUGCUUUGUCUGAAUUAAGUUCAGAAGUUUAUAGGUUUCUAAGUUCAUUCUUCUCUGAGUUAAGUUUAAAAUUUUAGUUUCCCUAUGAAAUGGGAAAGAUCACUAAUCAAUGCUUUGAGUGCUUUGCUUUAUAGUCAUUUGUCAGUUGUAAUUAUCUUUAUAGAAUAAGAAGUAACUGGGUGAUCUGUAGGAAGAAUAUAGAUCCAGGGAAAAUCUGUGUCUAACCAAAGUAUGAUAUAGUCCUAGGGAAAUUCCUGUGUUAGUUGACCUAAGGAAUAUAACUAUAAUUAUUAUAAAGUGUGUAAUCAUUUAAUCAUCUUUAUAUUAAAACAUAAUGAGCUUCCCUGAACUGACAAUGUCAAAGGGCCCUGCUUGAGCCAAAAGCCCACUUCAGUAAAAGGGCAAUGACCAUUUACAACAUAACUAGCCCAUUUGUACCAUGCGUGAAUCAAGAGAACUAUAAAUAACUGUGAAUCUUGUAUCUCAGGGUCUCACACCAUACUGGGUGGACUAUAGACCACAACCUUUGUUUCCCUUAAUGAAAGUUGGUUUCUUUUCCAAGAAAGACUUCUCAGUUUCUUUUUUACACCUCUAAAUCACUUUAAUUCAAAGCAACCUGUUAUCUCUAGACUACUAGCUGACCUUGUACAGAGGAUAUUUGUUAUCUAUUAUAUUAUUAAUUAUUCUUGCAGGUGAACUAAAUCAAUCAGAAUUCCCAGGCAGCAAGAUGGAAGGAGGGGUUGUUGCUGGCUCUGCAUUCCCUAUUUCCAACUAAUCAUAUUGUUCCAUCACACUUGUGAUGCUUCUGACUUUGCAACCAAUUGUACUGUCUUCCCCAUUUAUGAUGAUGCCUUCUGUUUUUUGUAUGCUCCUCCUUUUUUCUAUAAGAAUGACCUGUCAGCCCUCAUUCAAGGUCUUAGCUUGCUUGGGAGGCUGAGACCCUGCUUACUGGCAAAUUUAUACUUUGUU